UGAGAUGUACGUUGAAGUUUUCGAGCCGCUCUCAGUGUGAUUUCAACUGCCAGCAGAAGACGCUCGUCUGCGCAAUUGACAAUAAUCCGAGAACAUAUUUAAAUUUAUAAAUCGGAAUGAAAUUCCUGCUGAUCUUAGUAUUGCUGCAAAGCAUAUUCCAAAACUACGCACAAGGUGUGUGGACGGGAGGAGAAAGACAAGAGAAGCUUAUAGUUAAUUCAGAGAAAUUAAUAUUUGGCAGCUGUACGACGCCAGGGGAGCAAAUUGGAAUCUGCAUCCCGCUCCGAGAAUGCGACUAUCUCUUUGAGCUGCUCCAAAGGUCGCCCACAGCUUCUGAGCGUACCCUACUGCAGAGGAGCCAAUGCGGCAAUAGAGAUGGCCAGGUGCAGAUUUGCUGUGCCAUCUAUCGAAGUGAAAAUAAUCGCCAGGCUCAGCCCCCAUCCGUAAUAGAUGAGCAGAGCCAACCAGAGCAGACUUUGUCCUCGCGUAACUCCAACUUGCUGCCCCAAGCUCCUAACUGUGGUGACAACUUUGCAGAUCGAAUUCUUGGCGGUGUGAACGCCGGCAAACAGGAGUUUCCCUGGCUGGCACUCGUCGAGUACAGAAGAUCUGACAAUGUCACCAGCCACCGUUGUGGCGGCACCCUGAUCAACAAUCAAUAUGUUUUGACUGCGGCACAUUGCGUCUCUGGCAUUCCCCUCAAUUUUCGGGUAACCGGCGUGCGUCUGGGUGAAUGGGAUACGAAUAUGAAUCGGGAUUGCACAACGGAGAGAAAUGGCAAAGUUGACUGCAACGAUCCACAUGUGGAUGUGUCUGUCUCUGAGAUUAUUCCGCAUUCCCAAUAUUCCGCCAGCGACAAUGAUCAAUUGCACGACAUUGCCCUGUUGAGACUUAAGUCGCCGGUCAACUUUACUCAGACCAUUUCGCCGAUUUGCCUGCCCCUGCGACAGGAGCAACAGAAUAAUAUAUUCCUUGGCCAUCAAUUGGUUAUCUCUGGCUGGGGUCACACUGAAAACAACAUCACACCCAAUAUCAAACAGAAGGCGAUACUUGAAUCUGUGCCGACAGCAGAAUGCCAUAAUCGUUUCUUUAGUCAACUACAUCGAACUGUUACCGCCAACCAAAUCUGCGCUGGCGGAGUGAAUGGCAUCGAUUCGUGCCGCGGUGACUCUGGUGGCCCAUUAGUUAUGCUCGAUAUGUAUGGCAGCAGCAAUUAUUAUCUUGUCGGCAUCGUGUCUUAUGGUAUAAAACCCUGUGGCCUUGAUGGCUGGCCGGGAGUUUACACACUUGUCUCUGCUUAUAUUGAAUGGAUUGAAGCCACGAUUAGAGCUUAGGAUUGCGGACAUAUUUAUACCAACCGAUUAUUAAACUUGUUUUGAGCGCGCACAUAUUUAUCGACAGUA